AUGGCGAAGCAUGACAUUCCGCUUCGCAGCCUCAAGGACUGUCUCAUGUUCCUGGAGUGGUUGCAUAAAAAUGAUGGUAAGCAACAAGAGGUGGCCAGAGAACUGCAUGGGCGUAUCAGCAAAUAUUUCCAAAAGGGUGCUACACAUUUCAACCUAGGAAACGUAAGAAUUGGCUUGUCUCAAUUCCUCGCCACCGUGUCAGCGUUCUACACGAGGUUAUGCUACAAUCCAGAGGCAGGUAAAUAUGUUAGUAAACAACCGAAAGAGAUUGUGGACGCUCUACUCGAAUGUCUACCCAAGUUCCUCGCUGCCAUAUACUUUCUGGAGUACUGCGUGAAUCCGGCUUUCAAAGAUCUGGGCGGCGGGGGCUGGGAACAGAACUGGCCUGCGUGGGAUGCAGGUACGUCUUCUGGCGGCGAUCUUGCUAUCUAUCUCUACGCGAAAACCGACGACUCUAAGUACAACUCACGCACCGGCCUCAUACCCGGUGGGUUAACUUCUGGCGAGGUGAAAUAUAAUAUAUUUUCUCUGCACCGUAUCUACACCCGGGGUUAUAAUAUGGUUGGAGACCUUGGAAACAUCAUGAGAAAAGGAAACUACAAUUUCCUGCGCAGCGUGUUUGUCACUUCGGUGUUCUCCACAGAUCGUGGCACCGCUAUGCAGAACACUGCGAACGCGGUGUCAUUGGUCAGAACCUUCUGCGAUAUUGUGGAGGCGGAGGCAAAGAAAAGUGCGGACGGCGGUAAGUUAAAAUUAGCUUUGGAAGAUGGCAUUAAAAUGUUAGUGCCCCCAAGAUCCAUCUGCUGGGAGGACCUAAAAACCCACUGCGCUGAGCUUAGGGAAAAGCUCGGCAAGCUUUUCAAUAACACGAAACGCUUUGAUUUCACCGGGCAGUCGACGGAUACCAGAAACCUUAAUAAAGAGGAGCUUGCGAAGGAAACAGCAAAUUGGAUGAGAGAGAAGUUGAUCCAUGUGCGUGGUAAUUUGAGUCAAAUUAAAACAGAUAUAGGUGUCUUGGCACUCCCCAAGGAAAAUCUUGGGGAAUACUUCACGAAACAUUUCUUCCCCUACGGAUUCAUAUUCAAAGAGCGCUUCCAUUUGUCGGACAGUGAUGUGCGGGGUUUGAAAACAGAUUGGCGCAAUGUAAUCGAUGACCUUAAGAAACGGAAUGGCAGCGAUUUGGAUAGGCUUGUGGAGAUUCUGAAUGGUGAUGGUCCAGGAUCGUGUCAAUCUCCCCCGCCUCCACCUAAAAAGCCUGAGGUGCCGCCUGCGAAGGUCCCUGAGGGAGCCCAGAACCAGGGGAAGAAAAGUGAGGGAGCACAGAACCAGGGCAAGAAAGAUGGGCCAUCUCCAAAUCAAAAUAAUGGUCAAAGUGAAGAAAAGUCUCCACGUUCACCAGUUGCAGACUCUACUGCUCCAGCUCUGCCUCCCGGUAAUGGAGGGUCAGGCCCGGCAGGGCCUAAAGUUGAUAAGGGUGAUGUAGGGCCUGAUGGUGGUAAAGGAGCUACAGGCCCGCAAGGGCCUACCGGAGAUCCAGGGCCUACUGGUCCAGUAGUUUCGGCGUCUUCUCAGGAUCAUGUUCAGACAAAUCCAAAAGCUGUUCAACCUCCACAAAAUACUAAUAUAACUCCGCGAGGGCCUCCCCCUCCACCAGCUGACCCCAGUACUUCUGCAUCCCCUUCCAUCCCUGGUCAGCCAGGCCCCACGGGUCAGGGUUCACCUGGCGAUGUUACUCCAGGUCAACAGCUUGUCCCCCCUCAAGGCCCUGUGCUUGCUCAGUCUACGAGUGCUUCAGGUUCAAGCGCUGGGCCAACUGGUGUCCAGGGGGCUGGUACACAAGGUGGUAAAGAUGUAAGCAGCGUCGGUAGUGCGCCGGGUGUCACAGUGCCUAGUAAAGGUGGGAGUGGAGUUGGAGGGACUGAUGGAGACUCUGCCGGAAUUAAAAAAUUGACCUGCGAAGCUGGCCAAACCCUUGGUAAAAGUUGGUACGACGGCAGAGAAAUAUGUAUUUCGAAAUCCAAGACUCCGGCGUUCACUUCCUCUCCGUUUGAGGCAGACGCUAAAAAGGCGUGGGAUGCAUACAACACGCAGCUUUCUCAUAACAAUCCACCUCGACAUCUUAAUACACAAGAUAACCAUAUACCUCCCUCCCAAGGCGUUAGUAGGCCUCCCAAUCAUCCCUCUCACCCUACUGGCCACCACCCUGGUACAGGGCUUCCAGCCCCUCAGCCAGACGCCAUGGACACUUACCUUACGUUAAGCGGAACUACAGUAGAUGAAAAGCUGCCGAACCAGAGUCCAAUCUUAGAUGGCGAUAAGAUAUAUUCUUGGCCUCAAAUGAAAGACGAUAUGCAGGAAGAACAAAGACAGGAAGUUGGAAAAAAAAGCGUAUGA